UAGUGGGGUGCCGCAAGGCUCUGUGCUGGGACCCCAGUUGUUUACAAUAUUAACGAUUUAGAUGAGGGAAUUAAAUGCAGCAUCUCCAAGUAUCUCCCCAUUGGAUUGCAACCUUGUCAUGGUCGGGGAGCUUGUGUGUCUCAGUGACCCCUAGAGCUAUGCCAGCGGGAGAUUCGUCUCCUGUUAGGGUCUCCCGUGCUGGACAGGUUGAACGGUAGAGGUGAGAGGAAGAGCGAUCCACUGGUUCUCCAGGGUGGAGGUUGAGCACAAGGCUACCAACCCUGUCUCGUAAAACAUAUAUGUUACGGAAACAGCAACUUAAGGAAUCAACACUACUGGGCGUGACCUGGGGAAGUGUCCAGAAGCUAGCCCAGAAUAGACAGGGAUGGAGGACCUUCGUUGUUGCCCUACAUGUCAGGAGGCAGAACAGGCAGUAAGUAAGGAAGGAAGGAAGGAAGGAAGGAAGGAACACAGGGUUAUUGAUUGUGGAUGAUCAGCCAUGAUAGCAAUGAAUGGCGGUGCUGGCUCGAAGGGCCGAAUGGCCGCUUCCUGCACCUAUUUUCUAUGUCUAUGUCUCUAUGUCUAUCUAAGUCUCCAAGUAUGCGGAUGACACAAAGCUGGGUGGCAGUGUGAGCUGCGAGGAGGCUGCAGUGUGACCUGGACAGGUUGGGUGAGUGGGCAGAAGCAUGGCAGAUGCAGUAUAAUGUGGAUAAAUGUGAGGUUAUCCACUUUGAUGGCAAAAACGGGAAGGCAGAUUAUUAUCUGAAUGGUGUCAGAUUAGGAAAAUGGGAGGUGCAACAAGACCUGGGUGUGCUUGUACAUCAGUCACUGAGAGCGAGCAUGCAGGUAGAGCAAGCAGUGAAGAAAGCUAAUGGCAUGUUGGCCUUCAUAACGAGAGGAGUUGAGUAUAGGAGCAAGGAGGUCCUAUUGCAGUUGUACAGGGCCCUGGUGAGACCGUACCUGGAGUAUUGUGUGCAAUUUUGGUCUCCUAAUUUGUGGAAAGACAUUCUUGCUAUUGAGGGAGUGCAGCGUAGGUUCACCAGGUUCCCGGAAUGGCGGGACUGACACAUGAUGAAAUAAUGGGUCGACUGGGCUUGUAUUCGCUGGAAUUUAGAAGGAUGAGAGGAAAUCUUAUGGAAACAUAUAAAAUUGUUAAGGGAUUGGACAGGUUAGAUGCAGUAAAAAUGUUCCUGAUGUCAGGGGAGUCCAUAAGCAGGGGUCACAGUUUAAGAAUAAGGGGUAAGCCAUUUAGGAUUGUGAUGAGGAAAAACGUUUACACCCAGAGUUGUGAGUAUGUGGAAUUCUCUGCCACAGAAGGCAGUGGAGGCCAAUUCACUGGAUGUUUUCAAGAGUAAGAUAGAUUUAGCUCUUGGGGCUAAAGGAAGGGGGGAAGCAGGAACGGGGUACUGAUUGUGGAUGAUCAACAAUGAUCAUAUUGAAUGUCGAUGCUGGGCUGAAUAGCCUCCUCCUGCAGCUAUGUUCCAUGUUGCUGUGUUUCUCCCUCCUCCUCUCCCUCUGUGCGCGGACGUUGUUUUGUUGUCCGGGGCGGACUGACGUGCGGGCGGGUCUCGCAUUCCGCCCUCCCUCGGCGCUGGGCUGCGGGAUGGAGGCUUUAGGGGAGCGGCGGGCGAGCGGGAGCCGGGCUCGGCGAGUGUUGGGCGGCUCAGCAGGGCCCCGGAGCCUGCCUGAGCCCAGGGCCCGCUGUGUGCUGGAGGUGAAGGCGACACAGAUGCGUGAGCCCACGCUUCCCAGGGCCCUGCCUCUCCUGGGCUCGCUGAGCGGCCUCCCCAUGGACACACUGAGCAGCCUGCGGCACGUGACUGGAAUCAUCGCACCGCUCCACUGCCUGGCUCUCCGCUACAGCCGACACACACACACACUGAAGGGGCAGGUGACUGAGCGGGAGGAUGUCGAGCGGCGGAGACGGAGGAGGGAGAAGAACAAGGUGGCGGCGGCACGGUGUCGGAACAAGAAACGCGAGCGGACAGAGUUCCUGCAGAAGGAGUCUGAGCGCCUGGAGCUGAUGAACGGGGAGCUGAAGCUUCAGAUCGCGACGCUGAAGCGGGAACGGCGGGAGCUGACCGCCCUUCUCAACCGGCAUCGGCCCACCUGCAUCGUCCGCACCGACAGUGUCCGCAGCACGGGGCCGGAGACCGACAGUGACCGGGGCCCAGAGUGACCGGGGCCCAGAGUGACCG